UAUCAGCGGCGGUCGUUGGCUGUAAAGAGUCGUAGCGUACAAGGGACCAGUGACGUCAGUAACUCGACGAAUACAACUCCGUUAUGUUGAUUGCCUCACAAAGCAGCAGUUAAAUAGUCUACGGAGGGGGAACGUAAACCAGUGCAUGUGAACAGCUCCAGUGUAACCGUUGGACUAGUUGAUGAACCUUAAGCAUGUCUACCAGAAACCAGGAAAUAGUAAAAUUUUCUGACCUUGACUCAGAUAUUCAAGAGCUCAUCAGAACAGCUGUUGCUUAUCGGCAGAAAGCGCACUGCCCAUACAGUAAUUUCCAAGUAGGAGCAGCGUUGAAGUGCGAUGACGACUCUGUGUUCGGUGGUUGUAACGUUGAAAACGUUGCUUAUGGGUGCACGAUAUGUGCUGAACGCACUGCAAUUGUGAAAGCCGUAAGUGAAGGCAAAAAGGUGUUCAAGCAUUUUGCAAUAACAGGAGACGUAACCGAUGGAUUUAUAUCACCUUGUGGCUCAUGUCGUCAAGUGAUUGUUGAAUUUGGAACAGAUGUGAAGGUCUAUCUGGCAAAGCCCGAUUUUUCAGAUGUUCUAGUGACGGACAUGGACACUAUAUUGCCUCUACCGUUCGUUCCAACGUCAAUUCCCGAGUGACGUACAGCCACGUAAAUCACAGGAAAGAAAACUGCAAGCCUUCGUGAACAAAUAAUUGUUAUCUUUGCUCUCAAACUGUAAUACAAAAUUUCUGUAAAAUUGUUUGUGGGUUUGGGUAUUUAAAAAUAUAGAAUUUUAUGAACUGUGACAAUGUUCCUUCGUAGCAUGUCGUCUGUCCGCUGCUUUCAUAUUGGCUGCGUAGUGCUUAUAGACACAGCAAUUGACCAGUGCCACCUAGGCAUAUAACUGAGUUAACACAUCGUCUUUCCUUUCCCAUGUAUAUAACGGCGAGAGCUGACAACAUUGCGGCACGAAAAACGUAAGUACGCCAAUCGCAGCGAUCUAUACCUUUAACCACAUUUUAUAUGAGAAGAAAACUUCGUCUUUUUACGGAAUAGUUUAGCAUUACCUCUAUACAAACGAUAACCUUUUCUUUUACUAUAAAAAAGAGCUUUCAUGGCAGAAAAUCAUUGAAUCCG